CGGAAAAGAAGGUUUUUAGGCUUUAGUGGGAGAAAAAACGAAAUUCAAUAAAACCUGGGGUUAGAUUGCAGUGACCCAACGGUGGGAUUAAAGCAAUUUGAAAAUAUUCAAAUUUUGCAUAGUUAGGGUUUUGGUUCAAUUGGGAGGUUCGAGUAGAUUUUGAUGAUUCCGACAAGAAUUCUUUGUUAUUUCAUGCUUAAUACCCUGAAUUCUUCACGGAGUUUGUAGUUUGCUCUCAAUCCGCGUAUGCAUUUCAAAUUUCAGGGUGAGUUUUCUUCUCAAGCGUCAUCUCCACAUCUCAAGAUCUCACAAUUUCCCGUCGAUUGAUUAAAGCACAUAUCUUCAUGCUCGGUAAACAUGGAGGCUCUUCUUGCGGAUUCUGUACGGAACAGCUUACAACACCUAAUGUAUCGAAAUGCCAUUUUCAUGUGCGAGCGCCUAUGUGCUGAGUUUCCUUCUGAGAAAAAUUUGUACCUGCUUGCUAGCUGUUACCUACAAAACAAUCAGGCACACUGUGCUUACCAUAUCUUAAAGGGAACACAAAUGGCACAAUGCCGCUACUUGUUUGCACUGUCGUGCUUUCAGAUGGAUCUAAUGAAUGAAGCAGAAGCUGCACUAUCUCCUAAUGAGUCUUCUGCGGAGGUUCCAAAUGGAGCUGCUGGGCAUUACCUUCUUGGACUUGUAUACAGGUAUACAGAUAGAAGGCAGAGUGCUAUCAAUCACUUCAAUCAGGCCUUAUCAUUGGAUCCAUUAUUAUGGGUUGCUUAUGAAGAACUUUGUAUAUUAGAUAGCCUCUGUAUUCUUUAUGUUAUUAACCAGAUACUUUGCAUUGUUUUAGGUGCGGCUGAUGAAGCAACUUCGGUCUUUGAUCAAGGAGCUUCUCUGUGCAUACAGAAACAAUACCUAAAUCGUGGAUUGGCCUCCCAGAGUUUGCAGGCACCAAAUGAGGAGCAUGAAAUUGCUUCAAACAGAAUCUUAAGCUCAGAAGAUAUUAGCCCAAGAAAGUUAAAGAACCUUCAUAACCAUAGCCUACGAGAUAUUUCUGUGAACAAUCAUGGAACAAUUUCUAAUCAGCCUCUAAAUGGUGGUUCUGCAAGUUUCCCAUAUUAUAAUACUCCUUCUCCUAUGGCUACACAUUCACAGUUCUCAGGUGUGGCUCCACCACCUAUAUGCAGAAAUGUACAACCAAAUGGUCCAGCCAUGAAAGCAUAUGCUUCUGAUAACUCUCCACGAGUGGCUGUCAACUCUGUUGCAGGCCCUAGAAGAAAAAUUGUUGAUGAGGGAAAAUUAAGAAAGGUAUCGGAGAGGCUCUUUUCUGAUUCUGGCCAGCGAAGAAGCAUGAGACUUGCUGGGGAAUCUGCCAGCACCAACUCAAGUUCAUCUGUUGCUUCUGGAAAUGGAGUAAGCCAUUCUACCAAGUAUGUUGGAGCUUCGAAGUUGAGCUCCAUGGUUUCACGGUCUGUGACAAUUCGAAAGGGUCAAUCCUGGGCAAGCGAGAAUUCUGAUGAAGGGACUCAUCAUGACGUGUAUGAUGAUUCUAGAUUGCUUACCACUACUACAAGCUCAUCUCCCUCUAGAGAUAAUAGGUCUAUUGCACCAGAAGGAGAAACCAGGUCUUCAGGUGCAGCUGUUUUGAGCAGCUCAAGAAUCAUAGAUGGUGCUUCUGAUAUAUUGAGUCUUUUAAGGCUUCUAGGGGAAGGCCUCAGACUUUCCUGCCUGUGCAGAUGCCAGGAUGCAUUGAAUGUCUACAUGAAACUUCCCCAAAAACAUUAUAAUACUGGAUGGGUGCUUUCUCAGGUAGGAAAAGCAUAUUUUGAAAUGGUUGAUUAUCUUGAAGCUGACCGUGCCUUCAGUCUUGCACGUAUUGCCUCUCCGUACAGUUUGGAGGGGAUGGACAUAUACUCUACAGUUUUAUAUCAUUUGAAGGAAGAUAUGAAGUUGAGUUACCUUGCUCAGGAGCUGGUAUCCACCGACCGCUUAGCUUCUCAAUCUUGGUGCGCAAUGGGGAACUGCUAUAGCUUACAGAAAGACCAUGAAACUGCUCUUAAAAAUUUUCAGCGAUCUGUGCAAUUAAAUUCAAGAUUUGCUUAUGCGCACACCUUGUGUGGUCAUGAAUACGUGGCCUUGGAGGAUUUUGAAAAUGGUGUUAAGAGCUACCAGAAUGCUCUUCGUGUUGACUCGAGGCACUAUAAUGCCUGGUAUGGUCUGGGAAUGAUAUAUCUCAGACAAGAGAAGUAUGAGUUCUCAGAGCACCAUUUCCGAAUGGCUUUCAAAAUUAACCCGCAUUCAUCUGUUAUAAUGUCAUAUCUUGGGACUGCUUUGCAUGCGCUGAAGAGAAAUAAUGAAGCACUCGAGAUGAUGGGAAAAGCUGUUUUGGCUGAUAAGAAGAACCCACUCCCUCUGUAUCAGAAGGCGAAUAUCCUCGUGAGCAUGAAUAAUUUUGAUGGGGCUUUAGCAGUUCUUGAGGAGCUUAAAGAGUAUGCCCCUGGAGAGAGCAGUGUUUACGCAUUAAUGGGAAGCAUUUACAAGCGGCGGAAUAUGUAUGAUAAAGCAAUGCUUCAUUUUGGAAUUGCAUUGGAUCUGAAACCUUCUGCAACUGAUGUUGCUGCUAUCAAGGCUGCCAUCGAGAAGUUGCACGUACCAGAUGAGAUAGAGGGCGAUAGUGAAUCAGCAGAUUGAAAUUUGCGUGACACUAUGAAAGGUUAAAUUUAUUCGGCAGGUUGUGACCACGCACAAUUUUCCUGCUAGUGCUUUCGGCCAGGAUGCUGGGAAAAAAAAACUAUUUGCAUUCUAGCCAACAGGAUCCUCUGAUAUCUGCUCUCGUUUGGCUGGAUCUUCUCAAUUUAUGGAAAAAUGUGCAGAGUGGAUCAAUUUAGUGAAAUUUUGUUUAUGGAUGUGCCAAUGAACAAGAAACAGCCAAAAGUUAUAUAUAUACCUUGUGAUUGUACUUCAUAUGAAUCCAUGUAUUUUAGGCACAUAAAGAGAACAACAGUUACUGCGUGUUUCCUUAUUCGUAAAUCAUACCUUUUGAGCAAUAAUUCAAAAUCACGUUCCGAAUACUAAGUUGUUUUCUAGAGUAUAAAGUUUGAAUUUAAAAACAUGCAUAUAUAUAAGCCCCCAAAAACGUUUCAUCGUUCACUUAAAUGUAUAUCAAAAUUCAAAACCAUCAUACAAACAAAUAGAAAAGAAGAAAUUAAAGACAAAAAGCAUCACAUUCUCAAGAACCCACUCUCCUACACAUUCUCGAUUCCCAAGCCAUACAACACGCCCGCGUACUUCUCCAGCGACCCACUAAAGAAAUUCUCCUUCAACUUCAUAAAGGUACAACACGUCAGCAGGCUAUCCGAACCCGCCUGAUGGCAAACCCCAACUCUCUCCACCUCCAAAAGCUCCGCCAGCUUGUUCAGCCCACCGUGCAAGCUAUUGCAGAACUUCAUCAAGUGCUUUAUAUCAUAAACCACCGGAAAAUACACGCUGAUGAGGUUAAAGAACUCGUCCUGCCCAUCAGGCAAAUCCUGACACGUCAGCAGCUUUAUCAAAUACCCGAAAUCAUACCCACUGUGGAAAGUCACCCAACACACGCUGUCAUUCAAAACAAUCCCGGACGACAUCAAAAGCUCCCCGAAAUGCCGAGCAUCGAUUCCCUUCUCGUUGUUUUUUUUCAGAUCGAUGCCACUCUGGCUGAGGAGCUCGAUUGAGUCGUUUGCAAAGACAUCCUCGUUAGGGUUGAAUUCGCGGAAGUUGAACUGCCAGAUGCAGUGUUUGGUGGUGGUGCCGCAAGUCGGGAGAUUGCCUUUCUCGUCGGAAAACGUGAGGCCCAGUUGGAUGAGUUUGAGGAGAUUCACGUUUUCCUUUAGGGUUUGGUAAUGGUAGUCGUUGGCGGUUUUGAAAUUGCCGACCGGUCGGAGGACAAUGCCGGGAAAUUCGGUGUCCAUGGCGAUGUAAGGGUAUUCGUCCACGAUUCCUCGGAUCAAGUCGAGCUCUUCGUCUAGAUUGUCGGCCCAGACCUCGCGGAUUUGAAUCGAGUCGCUUUUGGGGAGGAGAGACAUCUCACGAAGAUGAUGAGAGCAGAUCAAAAUUCGGCCAACGAAAAUCCAAUCAAUUGGAAAAGUUGCUGUCUUUUUAUAUAAUAUCAAGCCUGGUAGAUCAGCGGGAAAAUGGAUGGAAAAAUUGGAUUUUGGUCAAUUGUUUAGGUAGUUUGAUAAAAAAUCAACAACAGGGAUGAAGGUAUUGAGGAUUGGAAGUGAAGGAAAUGGUAACGAGCGUCGUGGUCAGGACAAAAUGAUGAAGACGGUGGAUAAGAGCUACAUGGAUAUGANAUU